AUGAAUACCUUUUCGUCGGCCUCACGCCACCCACCACCAGCGACAAGCCAGCCUUACUCAUACGACAGCAUCCCACCAGACGAGCCGCCACCUUCGUACGACGAUGCAACUCAGUCGUCCACUGCCCCUCUGCUUGUUGGCCCCCCACCAGAUUACGGUACUUACAGAGCAUACUCUGAUCCCGAUCCCGACCUCGAGGAAUCGUCCGUAGCGAGCAGCGACACAGGGCGAAACGAUGGGUCUCUCCCAGUGUGGGUUGGACAGGCCCUAGUGGUGCUGGUCUUUGUCAGCAUCAUGUAUGGAUUCUGGAGGUUCAUUACUGCUCCAGACGACCUGCACAACGGCUGGCCUGGAUGA